AAACAAAUGGCCAAAGAGAAUUUCACAAUUGUUACUGAGUUUAUUCUUUUGGGAUUGACAGAUCGCGCUGAACUGAAAGUUGUGCUUUUUGUGUUAUUCCUGGUGAUUUAUGCUGUUACCUUGGUGGGGAAUCUGGGCAUGAUCUGUUUAAUCCGUAUCACCCCCAAACUCCACACUCCCAUGUACUUUUUCCUAGGUUGCCUUUCACUUGUAGAUGCCUGCUAUUCAUCUGCAAUUGCACCCCAAAUGCUGGUGAACCUCCUAGUUGUGAAGGGAACCAUCUCUUUCUCUGCUUGCAUAGUACAGCAUUUGUGUUUUGGGGUGUUCGUUACCACAGAAGGCUUCUUGCUGUCAAUGAUGGCAUUCGAUCGGUAUGUGGCCAUCACGACUCCCUUGCUGUACACUGUAGCUAUGUCUAAGAGAAAGUGUGUGGGACUGGUCACUGGAUCAUGGACAUGUGGAUUGAUCAAUUCAUUAAUACACACAAUAAGCUUGGGGCGACUGUCCUUCUGUGGGCUGAACAUUGUCAGCCACUUCUUCUGUGAUACUCCCUCCCUGCUAAAGCUGUCAUGUUCUGAUACCUCCAGGAAUGAGUUGUUGCUUUUAACCUUUUCUGGAGUCAUUGCCAUGGGCACCUUCUUGAUUGUGAUCAUUUCCUACAUCUUCAUUGUGUUUGCUAUUCUAAGGAUCCGCUCCGCAGUGGGUAGACAGAAAGCUUUCUCUACCUGUGCCUCUCACCUGACUGCUGUGACAAUAUUUUAUGGCACCUUAAGCUUUAGUUACAUUCAGCCAACUUCCCAGUAUUCUGCAGAACAGGAGAAGGUGGUUUCUGUAUUCUAUACACUAGUGAUUCCCAUGUUAAACCCAUUGAUUUACAGUCUGAGAAAUAAGGAUGUAAAGGAUGCUGUGAAAAGGGCCACAGAAAUGAGAGCUUCCCUCUGUUAA